AGUGAUAUCGUAGAAGUGUGGUUUAAGUAACAACUUCAAAUUUAAAGACUAAACUAGAAAUUGCUGAAGAUGUAAUAAUCUGAGCUUAAACGUACAACUAAAAAUCAUUAAAAUGUUGUGUUAAUUUGCAUAAUAAUUUGCAACAUAAGGAUUAUAUACGGCCAAUGUUGAACAGACACGCAGACAGAAAAAAACUGAUAAACUAAACAUGGAGUUUCCAGAUCUGUUUUUCUUGGAGAUGGACAGGGCCAGAAGGUGCCAUGUCUCAAAACUGAAAAGCGACCACGAUAGAGAAACAAGACAUCUUCGAACAGUUCGGCACGAUAUCCAGCGUGAAGAAAAAUACAUGUUAAGUAAUUUAUCAAGAGAGGCAUCCGCAAUGAGAGGACGGCAACACCGACUCAACACUGGUAAGACUAGUUUGAAAAAUGGCUCAAUACCUAAACAUAUUACUGCCGAAGAGAAAGAUUUAGCUCGUGACAUCGAAGACCACACUUUGACAUUACUGACGGAGCAGUUUCCACUUCAAUAUUCAAAACAUGACAGGACUCCCGAAAUAACAUUGACUGAACCGAUCCACACACAACAGGGAAAAUAUAAAAAGAAGGGAAAACAACCGAAGAAAAUCUCCAAGUUUAGAAAGAGCGAGGUUUUUGAAGAUAUUUUGAGCAACAAGGUUGACGGCGAAAGUCAUGUUCAUCUUGCUUUACCAGAUGCUCCAAAUGAAGUGGAUUCUCUUCGCCUCACAAAAGUACCCAGUGAUGUUAAAACGUCCAGACGAUGUGAUGAAGUGAUUAAAAUAGGUGAUAAAGUUGUCUUGAAAGAGGAUAUUAACCACAAAUCUUCACCCAGCAGAAGUAUAAAGACGGCGAAUAAUUGCGUAACAAAUGCUGCUGAUGAUCUUGCGUUACUGGUGAAGUACUCUGGGAAACUGGUUGGUAACAAACAACAGUCGCAUUUACGGAAAAGUCAGCUUCUCCGGCAAAACACUCUUAUUACCGGGGUUCAGAUUGGAGCAACACUGGCCCCCGUUCGUCCCUUCGUAAAUGCUGGAAACAAGGUCAAACUAUUGUCAAAAUCAUGUGACAACAUAAGAAAAUCGAAUACUACACCUGUUAUAUCUGUUAGUGUAAAUAGUACAGGCGGUUCUGGAUUGAAAGAAAAUAAAACGUUUUUGAGUAAAUCUACAGAUGGGUUGCACCUCAGACCAACGUCUUCAAAACAACCUUUGCGGAUUAGUCGUUCAGACGAUACCUAUUCGCAGCAAAGUAAUCACCUUUCUGUUGAUUAUUGUUACCACAAUACAUGGAAUGGGAAUCAAAAGGAGUUUAGAAAUAAAUCCUGUCCAAAUUCUCCCACAUUUCGUAAGCCUGAUAUUGGAUCGGGGCGAUUUGACGAGAUUUACUCUUUUCCCUCUUUGACUGGCAGUUUAUCACUCCAGGACCUUGACAAUUCUGGAAAGCAAAUUGAGAAACCCAGUGUUGGUUCUCCUUUGUCAAUGCUAGGAGGUUUAAAGAUUGCAUUUGGAUCAAAAAAUGCCCCCAGUUCUCCGUCAGUAUCUCCCCGGACUAAAACAACAGCUUCAAAGACAAUUGUUGACGUUGCCGGAAAACAUUUCAAUCAGACAGACCUGAAGUCUAAAAAUGAGGACUAUCUAACCUUCACCUCGUUUCCCAGUAUAACCCAUCCGGAUUAUUUGUCUCUGAAUUCAACCAACCAAACAAAGAUGGAAAAGCGAUGAGGCGACUCUAUCUUCGACGCCGUCAGAGAAUGACAAAAGGCGGACAGCGUGUAAGCUUUAUCAAACCCACCGGAUGCAUGGGGAUAAAGGAAAAACAAUGUUCGAAUAACUUCAUUAAUCAUGAAUAAUUUGUGUUCCAUUACAAUAUGAUAUUUUUUGAAAAAAUAUUGUUGAGCUACGAGUGCAUUUGCAAAUAUUUCCUUAUUCGUAGACCCACGGUUCAUGUAUACACUAAGACGAGUGAAACAUACAUUAAAAAUGACGUCAUACUUUUUUCAAUUUAGUAAAUUGGUUCCCAGAGCUCUGAAAUGAUGAAUACUUAUUCCUAGUGCUUUGAAGUGUAUACCACCGAUGUAGAUAGAGUGACUCGAUCUUAUAAGCUCAGGGUACACUUUUUGACCUCAGAAAAGCUUGCCUAUUUCAAACGAAUUAUUUGAAGAGUGACAUCAUCACAGUGCAUUAUGGUUUCAUAAUGAACCGAACACUUACAUUUUCAUAGAGGUG